AUGCCAAUCUCGUCAAAUUACCCUCCAGUGGACAUCCCAGAUCUGGACCUCUGGACAUUCCUGUUUGAGCGCAAGGAUAGGCCAUAUCCAGAUAAUAAGGUCCUUUACCAAGAUGCCGACACCCAGCGACACUAUACCUACAAAGCCCUCAGAGAUGCCUCUCUAGAUUUCGGCAAGGGCCUAAAAGCCCUUUUCGACUGGCGCAAAGGCGACGUACUAGCCCUCUUCACCCCAAACACAAUCGACACCCCCGUGCUGAUGUGGGGAACACUCUGGGCAGGCGGGAUCAUCUCACCCGCAAACCCAGCCUACACGGUCGAUGAGCUGGCGUUCCAGCUCAAGAACUCUGGCGCCAAGGCCGUGGCUACACACGCCUCUGUGCUAUCUGUGGCGCUUGAAGCAGCGAAGAAAGUCGGCAUCGAUGCGGAGAAUGUCUUCCUUGUCGGUGAUGAGCGGGAUCCCAGUGCCCGUGUGAAGCAUUUCACGUCUGUGCGCAAUAUCUCUGGCGCUACUCGUUAUCGGAAGCAGAAGAUUGCGCCGGAGAAGGAUGUGGCGUUUUUGGUUUAUUCUUCGGGGACGACGGGUGUGCCUAAGGGUGUUAUGUUGUCUCAUCGGAAUAUCGUGGCCAAUAUUUUGCAGCAGUAUGUAGGUGAAGGGCAAAAGUUGAAUUGGGAUGGUGGGCAUGAUGGAAAGGGGGAUCGAGUUCUGGCCUUUUUGCCUUUUUAUCAUAUCUAUGGGUUGACCUGCUUGAUUACCCAGGCACUUUACAAGGGCUACCAUCUCAUCGUCAUGCAAAAGUUCGAGAUCGAGAAGUGGUGCGCUCAUGUGCAAAAUUACCGCUGCACAUUCAGCUACAUCGUCCCACCUGUUGUCUUGCUCUUGGGUAAGCACCCAGUUGUAGACAAGUACGACUUAUCAAGUAUGCGAAUGAUGAACUCUGGCGCUGCACCACUCACCCAGGAAUUGGUUGAAGCUGUGUACUCUCGCAUCAAGGUCGGUAUCAAGCAAGGCUAUGGACUGUCCGAAACUAGUCCGACCACCCACUCCCAGCAGUGGGAGGACUGGCGUGAGGCCAUUGGAUCUGUUGGACGUCUGAUGCCAAACAUGGAAGCCAAGUACAUGACCAUGCCGGAAGAUGGGUCUGCGCCAACCGAGGUUCCAGUUGGCAAGGUUGGUGAAUUGUACCUGAAGGGGCCCAAUGUCUUUUUGGGCUAUCACCAGAAUCUGGAGGCUACCAGAGGCUGUCUUUCUGAGGAUGGUUGGUUCCAGACUGGCGAUGUCGGUUACCAGGAUUCAAAGGGACACUUCUACAUUACCGACCGUGUUAAGGAGCUGAUCAAGUACAAGGGCUUCCAGGUUCCCCCUGCUGAGUUGGAGGGUAUUCUGGUUGACAAUGAUGCCAUUGACGACGUUGCUGUUAUUGGUAUUGAGAGUGACGCCCAUGGCUCAGAGGUGCCUAUGGCUUGUGUGGUGCGUAGCGCGAAGAGCAAGUCUUCUGGCACGACAGAGCAACAGGAAGCAACAAACAUCGCCAAGUGGCUGGACAGCAAGGUCGCGCAUCACAAGAAGCUGCGCGGCGGUGUGCAAUUUGUGGAUGAGAUCCCCAAGAACCCCAGUGGGAAGAUUCUCCGUCGUGUACUGAAGCUGAGGUUCAAGGAAUUGGCCAAGGCACCCAAGGCAAAGCUGUAA